UUUAGAAAUAGAAACAUGGCUUGGCUUUUAAGACUUGACUUAUAGUUUAAAAUUAAUUUGGUUUUGGUUGAUAUUUCAGUAUUUCACAGAGACUAGGCUAACUUUUACAGCAAAGAAAUUGUUGUAGUGAUAAGAUACUCAUGGUUGGAGUUGUGGAGUGAAAACUUUUUUGGAAAUGUCUUCAGAUGUAUUUAACACAUAUCGAUGCUCCCACUGCCAGUACAAGAUCGAUGGCCUGCGAGUGCGCUGUGCAACAUGUUCUGAUUUUGAAAUGUGCUUGCAGUGUUUUACCAAUGGAGCUGAAAUAGGACCGCAUCGGAAUGACCAUCCUUAUCAAUUUGUGGACUCAGUGGCUUUGGAUGUCUUCGGAGACCGCUCUGGGUGGUCUGCUCUCGAAGAACUAAACUUGCUGAAUGCCAUUGAACACUACAGUUUUGGCAAUUGGAAAGACAUUGCCCAGCACAUUGGCACUAGAAACGCAGAUGGAAAGUCACCUCAACUUCGCCAUUAUCUUCGAGAGAUGAUGAACAGACGGCAGCAUCACGAGGCCCGAGAAGAGUACAUUAACAGGUUUCUGGAAGGAAGCAUUGGGCAGGCUACAUGGCCAACAGUGCAACACCUCAGGCCUGUACUGAGGGACUUGGUGGGGGAGGAUGAUGGUCCUCUGGCAGGCACCGUAGUGUCCAACCUGCCCCCGCUUGACAUCCGCGCUCAGGAAGCUCAGCAGCUAGACUACUACCCACUCAGAGACGACUUUGAAAUCGAGUAUGACAACAUGGCUGAAACUCUGGUGUCUGGCUUGACCUUGGUCAGUGGAGAAGAUGAUGAUCUUGACAUAGCACUGAAGCUGACACAAGUGGACAUGUACACGAUGCAUCUGAGGGAACGGGAACGUCGACAUAGAGUGCUAAGGGACUUCCAGCUUAUUUCCAAGUUCUUCAGGAACAAAGAGAGAAAAAGAAUCUCUAAAGAUGAAAGAGCUUUUAAGGAGAAACUGCUUCCUUUUUGCAAGUACCACACUUCUCAAGAGCAUGAACAAUUCAUGGAGUAUGCAAUGGCUCAGCGCAAACUCUCCCGUCGGCUGGCGGAGCUGCUGCGCUAUCGAAGAUUCGGACUUAAACAAUUUGAAGAGUUACCAACAUUUGAGAAGGAGAGGAUAAUUAGACAGAGUUCUGCUAAACCUGAAAAAGGAGAGCUUUCACCAUUGGGGUCUAAGAAAAAGAGAAAGAAGCACAAGAAGAAACUUCUCUUCUCGGCGAGGAAGAUACACACUACAAAACGCCCUUUCUUCAGAUUGGGCUACGGUUCUAGUCCCAUAUGACGCCGGAGGAAGAAGGCUCUUCCUCCAACAUCCACUGAAGUGGAGGAAACAGCCGAGGCAACAGCGACUGCACCCCCGCCAGAGUCUUCUGAAUAAUCUAGUGUGUGUGCACCAUACCAGAACGAGAACACUGUUGACUGAAGCUGUGAUCAGCUGUUUAGUGUUCACUUAAUAUGAAUCUAUCACUAUUUUAGUAUUUUAUGCAGAAUUUGUGUCAGAUAUUUCAGGGUAAUAUUCCUGGGUAAGAAACAUAUCCAAAUAUCAUAUUUAAAUUGUCCGAAAGUCCUUAGUUACUCACACAGCCGCCAUUUUGUUAUUUUCACCUAUUCAUUGUUUUCUAAAAAAGUGGUAAAAGAUACGAAAUUGAAACUUUGCACAAACAUUUAUGACAACUAAACAAAGCUACAACAAUUUAAUGAAAUGGCGGCCAUUUAAAAUUUUGUUUCUUAAAUAACUCCAAACCCGUUGUUUUACUACAAUUUUACAAGAAUAACUUUUUUAAGGCUAUUUAAUUAAAAAUCGAUUGACACCUUUUUGUUAAGAUUGGACGAAUAUUAACUGAGAUAUCGCAGCUUUAGUAAUACGUGACCGCUGGAGGUUAGUCGUAGUACAUGCCGAGGCAUGCGGCUAAAGUCUGCCACAACAAUGCAACAGUCUCCGUCCGAUUUGUCAAGUUAUUUUUAUGUGAUUUUAGAUUAUUUCGAACAAUAACAAAAUAUUACAUAUCCCCAAAUGUGUCUUUUUUAUCAAUUAUUUGUCAUUAGGAUGGCUUAAAAACUGUACACCUUUUUACUGUCUUUAAAAUUCACACAAAACACCCAAACCUUUUAUAUCAGGAGUGGUGAAAGCAACGUACUUGUUUACAAACUUAUCAGUUGAUUUU